AUGAAAAUUAUUAAAUAAAAUAAUCUAAAAAGUUAUUACGACUACCUAAACUUUAGAAUAAUCUAUCUAAAAGUCUACUAUAGUCUUAUGAAGAGUGCUAGAAUUCAAUGGAUCAGUUAGCCAACUUAGAAAGAUCAAUAAGUCAAAAAAGUAUCUUUCAAUACGACUUAGCUCUUCCUUAAAAUCAGGAAAAGCUGUUUAGCUAAAAAAAAAGAUGGGAAAAUAGAGCCUUAGAGUAUAUAAAUGAAAAGAAAUAUUAAAAUUUUUAAGAUAGAAAAGAUUUUAAAAUAUUUAAUGAAGGAAUAGAUAAAAGAAUUCACAGAUAUUACAUAGAUGAAGAGCAAAGGAGAAAAAAUAUUUUAGUGUAAAAAAUGGAAAAAAUUAUAUCACAGAAUUAAAAAAUUAAUUUUAUUAAUUAGUAAAGAAUUGAUAAUUUUAAAAAUGAAUAGUUUUAUAAAAAAUAUGGAAUUCCUUCAAAAGAAAAGCAAACAAAUAUUUCAGAUAUAUAAGAAGAUACUCGUUAAAAUUUAUAUUCUCCCUAAAUUGAUAAAAAAGGUGUUCCUUCUUCCUCUACAAGAGCUUCUCCACACUUAAAAAAUUCUCUAUAAAUUAAAUUUACAAACAAUUAGCUAUCAAAUUCUAAUUCAAGAAGAUAAAGCUAAGAAAUAUCUUACACAGAUUUAAUUUAAGAUGAAAGUUAUGGAAGUUUAAAUGAAAUGCUUUCUAAUAAACUAAGCUCUAUUUCUUAUUAAAAAAGAAAGUAGAGUUCAAAGUAAUAAGAUGUUUAUGAAACAUUCAAAAUUUUAUAAAAUUUACCACAUUUAAGUAAAAUUAACUAUCCAACCCAAGAUUUUCCUUCUAUGA